GCCUUGUAUUUGGUGACAAGGUCGGACACUGGUCCUGUUUAUGAUUACCUUCUUUUUUCUGGGGUCACGAGCUGUAAGUGCCGCCUGCCAUGAUUUCGACUUAAGCCAAUGAACCAGGCAGCAGAACUGAUUCAAUCGAAAUGAAAUCGAACACUUGCUACAGUUGUUAAGAAUAAAUUUUCACCAAUUGCAAGGUCAGCUGGGAGGAUUCGAUUGGGCCGAGAAGUUCUUUUGUCGUUGACACUUCCUCCUAAGGGCUGAAAGGGGGAGGCUUUGUUUUGUCAUACAGGUGUGAAAUAAAAACUCACUGCAGUGCCCUAUAUAAGCAGACACCUUUGUAAACAGUGCUUUGUACUGUAAGCUCAGGAAGGAGCAACAACUAGUUGAUGAUGAAGACCGCGGUUCUUCUUCUGACUUGUGUCUUUCUUGUGCUGCUUGUCCACACGUCGGCUCAAGGAUCAGACAUACCUUGUGGAGUGAGGAAAGGUAGAUGUCAGUUUGACCACUUACGUUGCCAUGGCUACUAUUAUGAUGGUCUUUGCGCUGGUCCUCCCAACAGAAGGUGCUGUGUCCCAUAUGGCGGGUUCAAAAUUCGACUAACGGAGGUUGUAAGCCAACAAAGGAGCAACAGCAAGUUGAUGAUGAAGACCUCGGUUCUUCUUCUGACUUGUGUCUUUCUUGUGCUGCUUUGUGUGUGUGUGCUGCCUGCCCACAAGUUGCAUCCAGACUUAGAAUCAGACGAACGCUGUAUCAGGAUGGCAGGAAGAUGCCAGUGGGACCACUUACCAUGCCCUGGCAGGCAUGUUUCUGGUUUUUGCGCUGGUCCUCCCAACAGAAAGUGCUGUCUCCCACAUGGCUGGAAAAGAUCCUCAAUGAACUGAUUGAGAGAAGAGAGUCCAGUUCACCCGAACUGUGUACUAAGCACCUGGGGUGUGAAUUGGAAGUUCCGCGAUAGUGUCGCUCUUCCCGUCUUGUUUGUGUUUGCCUCAAGUUCGUAAUGUUAUCGAAAUAUAGUAGAAUCUGCAUAUUUAGACAACCCUAGGACUCUAUCAGCUGAUACAGAAGUAAAUAUGUCUUGAAAACAUUUUUUUCGGAGAAAAAUGCUGGCACUUAAGAGUUUGAUGCAAUGUAAAUUGUAAAAUUGACUCAACCACGAACUAUUAUCUCCUAUAUACGUCCAUGCUCUGACGACACGAUUCUCAUUCAUAUCUACACUGAACCGCGUGCAAUGUCCAUAUAGUGUUCACGGAGUUUGUACAGAUAUAAUUUAAGUCAAAAAAGUACAAAUCAAAUAACAUAUUUCAAUACUCUAAAUACGUGACUGAAUAAACAAGUAGAACAUCACAUCCUGGCCGUUUGUUGGUUUUAUGGUAUUUGGUUUAUUGUCACGCUGAAGUUUUGUAUGUAUUCUAUUCAUCUCAUUGAUUUCUGUGAAUUAAAUGCCUUUUAUAUUUUUGAUUUGAUUGUUAACUUUUCUUCCUGUACCAGCUUCCAAAUUAAAACCCUGAAAAAUUAAA